CCUCCUAGCAAGCCAGGGCCAAAGGAUGUUCUCAUCAAAGUUGCAUAUACCGGACUAAAUCCAAAGGAUUGGAAGUUUACCAAAAAUCGUGAUGAAUCAACUGCCUUCAACGUCGGGGAUGAUGUGUCAGGCACAAUUGAAGCUGUGGGGUCCGAUGUAUUCGAGUACAAGCCGGGUGACCGUGUUGCGGGUUUUCACAGAAUGUUCCAGCCUCAUGGCACUUAUGCAGAGUACACGGUUGUGCCGGCCUCUACUACGUUCCUUCUGCCACCCAAUAUCUCUCUUGAGUCGGGUGCUGGACUUCCAUUAUCCUUCAUGACAGCGGCUCUCGCCCUUUAUCAGUAUCUGGGCGCCCCUCUCCCAACGACUAUCAACGAUUCUGGUCGAAAGACCGCCAUCUUGAUUUGGGGCGGUGCAACUGCCGUGGGAGCAUAUGCGCUCCAGUUGGCCAAGCUAAGCGGGCUUGGACCCAUCAUCACUGUUGCUGGAAAUGGAAUCGACUAUGUUCAAUCUCUUAAUGCAGCAGAUCACAUUAUCGACUAUCGAAAGGGAGACGUGACGCAGCAAAUCCUGGCCGCUGCCGGAUCUGCUGAAAUCAAGAUUGCAUUCGACGCUGUAUCUGGACACGGUAGUUACGAGAGAAUUACUGAACAAGCAUAUGCCGAUGGCGAAUUUGCGUAUUUCUUCUACAGGUACCUGAGCCAUCUGCUAGCAGAAGGCAAAUUCAGGCCGCAUCCUGUAGAGGUGCUUCCUAAUGGUUUAAACAGUAUUGUCGAGGGAGUUCAGGCUUUAUUCGAUGGAAAAGUUAGUGCCAAGAAGCUUGUUGCACGGUGA